CUUCUUUCUCAUGGCACGCGAUGCCAAGCCUGCACCCCCGUCCCUGGUGCGGCAGAAGCUGUUUCGGGCGACGGCAGGGAUGACAGUGCACGACCAAAGCGUCGUGGCGUCGGCGCUCGCCACCUCCGGCAACAACGUGUUGGAAGUAUACGUGCAUGCCUUGUCAUCUUGUCGAGGAACUCUGCCAUGUUUGUAGACGAUUCACAAGAUGAAGAAGGCGACGAAAACCCAGCAGAAACACACCAAGCACACGACGGCCAAGGUGCGACUGGAGUGAGCGAGUCGUCGACAUGCAAGACGCAGUGGCCAUGCUCGUUCGUGCAAUGCCUUUCGAAGGCUGUGCGUCAAACUCUUACAAUUGCGGUCACAAAAGCUUGCAAUGUCACAUCAUGUUGGAACUCAAAGGAUAGUUGUUCUGUCGUAGAG